GAUUUCUUUGCAUUCGAUGCUGGUAUCAGGCAAUACACCUUUCAGACGGGUUUUGCAUGAUACCGUAUUAUUCAGUUAUGCAGGCCGUUGUCUAGUCCACUUUGGUCUCGCUGGCCACAGAUUGACCGCAAGACUCGGUCAACAUGGGCAAAGUGCAAGGCUCCCUUGAGCUGCACAGGCUAUCGUCGCCGCCGUGAGCAGGUGACAACGAGUUUCCAACCUUUGAUCAUUUGGCGUAUUCCCUCGGUAGUAUCUAGAGCUUCACUCAUUGCUUGCGGUGGGAGGCUUUGAACUAGCCUCAAGAUGGAGACUGUAUGUGUUCCAAUGCACCUUGAUGCCUUCUCGCUAUGCCCUGGAAAUUGCGAAAAGGAGAAUGUCAUUAAAAUUGCUCCUUAUACACAACCAAACUAUACAGCACUGAGGCUUGACAACCGUCUGAUCCAGCAUGAUGUCUUGGACCACAUUGACUUCCACAAUGUCUCGCCCGCUACCAAGAACUCACGUAUGGCAGACACCAGCAAACCACCACCGACAGAUCCAUCGUCAACCUCUGACACGCUGAAGCGGGCACGUAUGGGCGUUCACCUGUCGUGGUCGUUGCCCAGACUAUAUCGUACUGCAAAGCCCACCGGUGAUCAACAAGAUUCAGCCGGCAACAUCACCACCAACACCGCCCCUCCCGCUUUCCGCACAAUGCCGGAUCGUUGGCUGAUAACUAGAUACCUCAACAACGCCAACGACUUUCCUGGAGCACCCGAGUACAAGUCGUGGGUCGUCGAGAGCAAUGUUACGCGGAAACUGAACGACGGAACUAUUCCAGAUGAUACCGAUCUUGAGAGCGAGGUGUCGCCUUUUGUCCUGUACGACACCCACCCCGGCGAUUCAGAUGUCCUCAAUUCACAAACCGAAGUCUUCCUGGGUCAGAGGUUUGAUCUUUCAACCUGGUCAGAGAGCGCGGCACGGAAUCAUAUGCAGAAUUUAACGCCAAUGACUUCAGCCAAUCCAUUUUUCGCCGACUACGCUCUGCAUAAUACUAACGUCCUGUCAAUCAUCGAUAAUUUUGCAUACGAAAAUGAUCCGAAGACUGGAGAAGUCCACUAUCUGCCCAACGCUAAUUGUGAUUAUUUUGUUAUCGGAUGGCAUUCUGCUGCUGGCGAUGACCCUCUGCAAGAGGCCGUUCUCGUCAAUGGCUCGGAACGAGGACUAUCUGAUCGGCUGGCAUCAUUGAAACUGCAACUUUCCGAUGGCUCCAAGACCAAGUUCGGGGGGAGUAAAGCUCUUACUAGAUGCUUGGUAUAUGGCGCCAUCUACGGUGUUAUAUUUGACAUCAAGAACAAUCAGAAAAGCCUCGCGGACAAUAGUGCUGCAAACUUCACAAGCGCGAAAAAGACUGACCCAUUAAGUGUGACAAACGCGAAAAGGAUCGAGCCAUUGAGUAUGGGAACCACACCCCUGGAUGCCAUUCUAACCUUUCUCGAGGCGCAUGAGACAGACGCAGGCACUUUCUUCAAAGACCCGAAGGCUGGUGAACUCGCUACUGAUCUUCUCGCAAUUGCAUCAUUUCUUUACGCCAGUACCGAUGACUACGACUCCAGGGUGAAGGCGCAAGACCUGAUGUCGCAACAAAACUUCUCGCGUUCAGAUGGCGGAGUACGCUGGACGUUCAGCCAACAGCCUGUUCCUGGUGGUAUUCCAGAUGCACCGCCAGCUGAAAAAAAUGAUUUGGUGGAGGCCUUGAACUCCCUCAACGAGACACAGGCUCAGUAUGAUGCUAAGUCCCGCAGGCUGCAACUCAUGCAGUGGGAUCUUUUCGCUGAAUGGUGGAAAUAUGUCAGCGAAUAUAUGACUGACACUGAUAAGAAGAAUAGGGCGCCUUUCUACACCUCUGUGAUCAAGGAUUUGAAGUAUCAGAUACAGAAACUGCAAUCACAGUUACAGGUCCUACAAGGCCCGUUGGGUGCUGCGAAAACCAGCACCCACUUCAAGAGCGCUCCAUAUUCAGCCUUUUCGACUCGACUAGAUCCCACCCUUUGUGUUGCUGGGUUGGACUCGGGGUGGCCUUCAGAUGCUUCGGACACGCUAACAGCCCAUAUGAAGUCAGAAUUACCUCCAAGGUCUUCACAAAGCCACGCGAUUGUGGCACAGACCAAGGAAAAUAUCUGGACAGAUAACGAUAUGCAAGAGUCCGUCGCCCGGUUACUGCUUGCUUUUAUGCAGAACAGCACCACCAAGAAUGGAGAUCCAGCCACGGUAGACAGCAUGACUGGGGACAUUGCUUCUGUGACUACGACUGGUUUCCGGCAGUGGGGAGGUGGCAACCCGUUUGUUCCGAUUUUCAUUGAGUGGGAAGCUAUCUACUACCAUGUCGGCGACUCCGACAACUUCAGGGAUCAUUGGACUGUUCAUCUUGCUCCUAGCCCAGUCGGCCACGAUCACUCGCAAGUUCGGUAUACGCCAAAGUUGAAGCUGGCAGAUGAACAAGAUCCGAAGAGUCAUAGGAAUCCCAACCAUACGGAUUUCCGGACAGUCAGUGGACGGGUUCCAAUCCUACCUCAGCCAGUGUUCAGUCUCGAGGCACUGGUGUUACAGGUCUUGAAUAACAACCCGAAAGGUCUACAAGAAGCUCUGAGUUAUGAUUCCACCACGAGCCCUGCUGAUCAAAUUCAAGCACUGCGACAGCGUAUACGCCAGAUCAAAUUUCUUUCGGCGCCCCUAGACGGGCUAACCAGCCAUCUGCUAACGCGUUGCGAAGGUGCCCACGUCAGGCCCCUCGUUCGUAAUGUCGACAACACUUUGGCUGUGCUGAAUGCCGCCCUGAGAACAGAUCUUGACGACGGCUCAGGGUCGUCCACGGCUCAUGCUGUUGAGUUGUGUGCCACCACACUAGCUCUGAUCGAUGCUCAAAGCGCACAAACCCCUUACGGUACUCUCUUACCGUUUGGCUCGGACGUGUACCCUGACAACCCUUUCAAACCAGUCACUCAUGGCCAAUUUGCCUUCACGAAACUCAACAUCGUCGACAAGUUUGGACAAGCCAUCUGCCUUCCCGAUCAGAAUCGUCGCCUACGCAAUUGGGAUCCUUCUAUGGAGCUUGCUUCCAAGGUCUACCCGUGCAUGAGCGACUACCUCUCUCCGGACCUCUGUGGCCCGAGCACGCUCAACACAGUCUUCCCACUAGCCACAGACGAAGGCGUUUCGCUGACUCCACAUCAGUACCCGCUCUGUCCGUACAUGCAAUUGACGCCCGCCAUUAAUCAGCCCGCGCGUAUCAAUGCAGCUUUCCUCAAACAGGAAAUUGGGGGUAGGGAUAAGAACGGACAAGCUCAAUUCUCGGCAUGGCGUGAGGCUCUCGACUUUGAGCAACCAGUAUGGGGUUGGAUGGUAAUCAACUACGCCGACGAAGGCAUCCAAUUCUUUCUAGCUGACGGUACUUUCUACGGCGAACUGCGCAAGGGUGGCGUUAAUCUAGUGUCGGACUCGAAGAAAUGGCUGCCCUUCGCGCCCCAACUCCCUUCAGACACCACUGCACCACAAAUCCAUCAACUCAACGGCCUCAUGAACCGCCUCAAUGACCCAGCAUUCCUCCAGAGUUUCUUCGACAUGAUCAAUGGGAGCAUCGCACACAUGCCGUUUCCCCCAAGCGACUACAGUGCGUUUGCGAACGCCGUCGUCGGCAAACCACUGGCCCUAGUCAACGUAGGUUGGUCACUCGAGCUGUCGACUCCUGCGCUAACCUCACAAAACACCUAUCCCCUGCCGAAGACUCCGGUCUCGUGGACGGAGCGCACAAAGGCCGCACAAGCAGAGCUCUCAUCGUACACAUUUCCGCUCAAGAUUGGGGACUGGGAACGCACAUACGAUGGCGUCGUCGGGUACUUCUCCUCCAGCAACGACGGACACCCUAAUCCAAGCACGGCCUGGGACAUGCUGUACACGUAUUUCGCUGCGGACGACAACCCGCCUGACCCGAAGCACGUGCAGAUCAUUUCUGGCGAAGAGCAAUUCCUCCCGCUGCAGCCAAAGUACAUUGACCCGCUGGACGUGGCGGCCAAUCCAUCCCUCACCGCGGCAAAGGCUGCACAAUACACGGUCACCACUAUGAUCAUGGAUCCCUACACGCCGAUCCACGGGUACUCACCGAUCUUACCGACCGUCAGUCUGACCCUGCCGGCAUGGGCUGUCCAGCAGGCAUUUCAGAAAAUGCACGCGUUCUUCCAUAUGGGUCCGAUCCUCAGUACGAUCGAUGUGCCGCCUACAAAGGACAUGGCUGCCAGCGCGCAGAUAAAGUUACCUAUCGCUGGAAAGAAGGGCACAUGGAGCUGGUUGCAACCUUACUCGACUUUGCCUGCGCCAAUGCCAGCACCAGCGCCUGCUCCAACCCCAGGUACUCAGCAAAAUCCAGAGUUCGCAACAUUGUCGGUGACGCAGGACACCGGCACCGAGAAUUUCAGGAAAGGCCCGUACACCCUGCUAGAAGGCUAUCUGGAAUUGAUGGGUACUUUGGCCGGGGCAGGGCUACCGCAGGCUGCGACGGCAGGAAGUGCCGGAGGAACAACGGCGGGAAGAUAAGAGGGCAACAAAAGAAAUGGUUCUUUCCUGGAGAAACAAAUUUGAUCAUCGCCUUGGCUAAGCAACAUGGUUGACGACUUUGAAUACUGGUACUUUCACAGGUAGAUUUCAUGAUUGAUGUGACUGCCUAGGCUGUUCCGCUU